AUGCCGAUCAAUGGCAAGCCCAAUGGGCGAUUUGAACUUCCUGCUCUCAAAUCCUUUGACUUCAAUUUGACAGACGGGACCGAUAUCCCGCCGCCCCUUCCAGAUUCUCCAAUAGAAGAAGAGGCACCCAAACCGACUAUUGCAUCCACACCUGCACCUGCACCUGCACCUGCGGCAUCGACACCUGCAGCCACUCCUCAAACCGCCGAUCCUGUUCGAAGCACAUCUACUAGUACCCCUCCAGAGUCAGCAUCGCCAAAUAAUCAAUCAGACUUUGCUCACCUCACCACGACGAAAUCCAAUGGUUAUUUCCCACCUACCUCCUCAUCUCCUCGCAAUCAUGUUCCUCCAGUUCGCGUGAGAGCCCCUUCAGACGCUGCUGUCCCGAAUAGUCCUAGUCGACCCGAAAAAGAAAGUAGUAUCCGCAAAUUCUUGUCUCGGAAAUCACUCAACACCAAUUAUACAAAUGGGAAUGCGAAAUCGCAUGAGGAUUUAACAAAGAUGGGGAGACCGGAGAGUCCAAAUAGUCUUGCAAGCAGCAGACCUAGCUUUGUGAAGCGAAAGAGUGGAAGCUGGUUUAGGAGUUUUGGGAGCAGCAGUAAGAGGAACAGUGUGGUAUAUGAAAAUAAGCCUGUAGUGUAUACUCCUACCCUACAGCAGAGUCCAGAGAUUCGAAAAGAGAAUAUCAAGCCAGCAUACACGAAGCCUAGCCCGCCGCCGCCAAAAUUGCCGGAACUCGAUCAAUUGAAGGCUAAGCUUGCGGAUGAUGAUCGUGGUAGUUUUGGGGGUGAUGACAUGUUCAGGAAUAUCUCGUAG